AUGGCCACAACGCUUGAAGAUAAAUCAAUAUGGGAAGACGGUGAAGAAGCUCUAAGCGAGGAGGUACUUCGUAUGCCAACAGAUGAAAUUAUCAGCCGUACGAGGCUACUUGAUAAUGAAAUAAAGAUCAUGAAAAGUGAAGUCAUGAGGAUCACUCAUGAAUUACAAGCACAAAACGAUAAAAUUAAAGAAAACACAGAAAAGAUUAAGGUGAAUAAAACUCUACCCUACUUGGUAUCAAAUGUUAUCGAACUCCUAGACGUUGACCCACAAGAAGAAGAAGAAGACGGCGCUGUAGUCGAUUUGGAUUCGCAGAGAAAAGGUAAAUGUGCGGUCAUCAAAACAUCCACGCGUCAAACAUAUUUCCUACCAGUCAUUGGUUUAGUUGAUGCUGAAAAACUUAAACCUGGUGACUUAGUUGGUGUAAACAAAGAUUCUUAUUUGAUUUUGGAGACACUACCAGCCGAGUAUGAUGCCAGAGUUAAGGCCAUGGAAGUAGAUGAAAGACCAACAGAGCAAUAUUCAGAUAUUGGAGGUCUUGACAAGCAAAUACAGGAAGAGGAAAGGAUCGAGCAAGAACAGGCAAGAAAAAAAAAUGAUUAUAUGACUUAUGAAGUUCGCGAUAUGAAGAAGGUGAAGGUAGGACCGCGUUAG